AUGCGGUAUAUUGUGGAGACUCAGGGUCUGCCCCCACCAGAUCUCUUGCAAAAUGCAAGCAAGUUCAAUUCUUUUUUUGUGCGCGAUCCAUACCAGUGUGAAUUACGCCUCAAAACUCAAGAGGAGUACGCUCUGGAAACCGGACAACAGGCCAAAGAAGCUCGGAAGUAUUUCUUCACGUCACUCAGUCAAAUAUGUGAAGUUUCCGGUUUACCAGGUCCUGAAGAUCCAGACCGGGAAUUUGAGCAGGAAGACCGCCAGCAGUUUGCAAACCUACUUGCAAUGAUGCUCAAGUUAAGACCACACGAGCGCGUUGUUCCAGAUGCAGCUCUUGUGCAUCCUUUUAUUACCAUGAGUCACCUGCAAACAUUUCCAUUCUCCAAGCGCUUUCAUGAAUCUAUCAAUCUGAUGCAAGUGUGUCAUGAGGCCAGCCGCCGGCAGCAACAACAGAAGCAAGAACAACAGCAGCAUCAACAACUCUUACUUCAUGCGAAGGGUAAUGGUGAUAACAAUGGAAUCCAGUAUCUUUCAACAUCAUCGCUUAACGAUUUACCGUCACAUCGUUUCCCUCGAUCCGCAUUGACUUCUCCCAGUGCAGCCACUGUCAAUACCGGUUCUAAUCCCACAUUGUUUGCACAUGAUGCAUUGACGGCUCCUAUUCCCCAGUCGUCUGCGGUUCACCCUACCGGAACGGCAGUUGCUUACUACGCUGCGGCAGCUGUUGCUGCUGCUGCUCUUGCUAAGCCCAAUGGUGUGGGGCAGAAUGAUUCAUGUUAUUUCCGUCAGAACCGCGUCCCGGUUUUAAUCCCCGAUAGUCACGUGUCGACUGCAUUUCUGGACCGUACUAACCCGACACAUCGUGCGACAGCCACUUACUCAACUUCAACAGACUACUCAGAUUAUCCAGCCGCUGCAGCCGCCGCCGCCGUGCUUAUGGCUCAACAGAAGUCUCGAACUGGUGGUGUUCGCACACGUCAAGCUAAUUCAGCGUUAAUGCAUCAAAUGUCUGCAGUGCCACGAUCCUCCCUUUCCUUGUACGACCUAGUCACAGCAGGUGGAAGUGCCUUGUCCUUACUCAAUGCUGCCGUUUCUGCUGCAGCAGCCCCUGCACCAUCAAGUACAUCUCUAUCUGGAAUAAGUUCCGUUCGAACUAAUCCUUUCCCUGGCCAUUUUCACUCAGCCUCAUCCUCUUACGACGGCUUACACAAACUUGGGCAACCCCUUCAAGCAAAAUACAGCAAACCGGAAUCAGGUAGCCGGCUGUCCACAGAAGCGGAACAUGCCGCACUGAUGCUGAGCUCAUACCUGGGUCGUGAGCAACCCAUGUCUGUACGAUCUGGGGACUCGGUAAUAGCUGUAUCUGGAACUGCUGGCGAUAGCGAGCUGUGCGAUUCGUUGCAUGCUUUCGUUCAGCAACAACAGCAUCACCAACAGAGACACCUUUGUCGAAAUUCUACUGUUCAACCUCAAUCUGGUCUUCCAAUCAGACAACAAAGCCGCCACCUUCAUCAGCAAUCACAAACGUUAUUGUUGGCUUCCGAUUUGUCUGUCGCAUCGGAUGACCACGAGAAAUCCAAGGAAUUGUCCUCAGUAUCUGGACAAUCGAAUACAUUCUCACAGUCAGUCUAUUUGGCGCAACAGGCUUACCACCAGGCAUAUCCGAAGCACAUCUGCACAAUUCAGUCACAGACACAAGCGGUUAGACGCAGUUUAUCUCAUUCUGAACGACAACAAUUUGUGCGCCCGAUUCCUUGCAGUCAGUUGGUAGAUGCAGUUCCUCAACCUAGCCCAAAUGUCAUGGUCAGCUCCAAACCUGUAUCGGGUAUCGGGGUGACCAAUUCUGCCCUUGAUGUGAUGCCUAUCAAUCUUGUCACGGGAGAUGGAAUCCAUGUUUGCUCCUCCGGACCCAGUCUAGGACCAGUCGUGGGCUCUUCGGGCGACUCCGUCCCAAACAGCUGUGCUCAACCGGCUUGGUGCUCGCAGUCUGCUCAAAGAGGUCCCGAUAAUGAACGAAGGGAAGAGCAUGACGACCGAAAUCCUCACGACCUCACCAAUUCGCAUACCUCGGUGAUUGAUCGUAGUUUAUUGCCUGUUUGCGGCAAUGUCAGCUUUAGCCAAAGUAAGUGCUCUGGGGUUUACGUUCGUACGAUGAUGUACUCGUUCUGA